AUGAUGACGACCGAGUCGCUGGUCUCUGAUAUCACUCCAGGAACCAACACCCCCACUACCUCCGAUACUUCAACGCUGAUCCAGGAACAGGAGCAGGCACAGACACAGGACGACAAUGACGCCCUCUCAAAGGAUCAACAAGUGCCCGAGCACACUCAAACAACCGCCACUGUUGCUUCUGCUGUCAUUGUGCCACAAGCUGAUCUGGAUGCAGAGUUGACGUUCUGCAAGGAUCGUCUUGAAGCCAUUGAAAAGGAGGAACGCACAGGAGCUGACCCGGAGAAAGUUGCCCUCGAGGAGCUUGAAAAAUCGACCCGGACUCUGAUCUCGGUCCGCGAGCAAUUGGCCGCCAAGCAGGAGCAGCUGGACGACGCCGCUGACAGUGCCGAUCGCGACGGCGUGCAAGUAGAGAUUGACGCAUUGGCAAAGGAAUCGAGCGAAAAGGAACAUCAAUGGAGCGCAACCAAGGAAGUCUACCACCGUGAGUUUGGCGCCAUCGUUGAAGAUACUUCCAAGCCCGUCACAGUAGCAAAAGCCAAGGCAGAAUUAGAUAUCAAGAAGCUUCAGAACCAGAUCGCCAGCCUGCAGAAGCAAUUGGAUGCAGUCUCGCUCAAGAGGAAGGAAAUGGUCGCCGAUGCUGCUGAGCAGCACAGGAGACUCGUCGAGCGGAAUGGUGGCGGGGUCGAUGAUGAGUAA